AUGUACCCGCUCCGCGCGGGCCGUCGUGCAAUGCUAUCCGAGCUCCGCGCGCGCCCUGCGCCCCUCCUCCUCCUCACGUCCGUCCUCUCUGAAACCUUGGCAGCGAAGGGGGAUCACAUUUCCUUUGUCAUCGGGCCAUUUCGCCCUCGCUUGGGUCCCCCCUCCGAUCCCGAGCCUCGGGGAUGGAGGCUCCUCUCAGGCGCGCUGGAAUCAGUGGAAUCGGCAACAGCCCCGCGCGGCGAGCUCGGGAGCCGCGUGGCCAACGCCUCCGGCUCGCGCCCGCGUCAUCUUCUCUCUGAAACGAGUCGCCGAUCGGGACGCGGGUGGCCCUGGCCGCGCUGCGCCUACCAGGCUUUGCUCCCGCCGUGCCCUGGCCUCCUGGGGCUUUGCACAGCUCCCCCAAUUCGGGUUGCGUGCGCGCGCGCGCGCCCCCUCUUUCUCUGCUUUGCCGCCUCUUCCUCCUCCUCCUCCUACUCUUCUCUUCAGUACGCCGGUUAUUGGGACUGAUCGGAAUUCGGAAUCCUUUUAAUCUCCAAAGGAGCAAACUCACUUCCGCCCGAGUGCUGGGAGGGGGCUGGGGGAGGGGAGGCAGGGGAGGGGGCUCCAGGCAAACAGGAAACAUUAGCCCUCUCAGCACUGCCCGCUUUUGUGUGUUCCCUCCCUCCUCCCUCCUCCCUCCAACCUCCUCCCUUCUCCUGGCCGCUGGGGAGAUGAACGCCCCCGGGCUUCAGUGUGACGACCUUUGAAACCUUCUGAGCGAGGAGCAGAGAACGACUCUUCUGUUUAUUUAAAAAAGAAAAGAUUUCAUUCUGAAUCCCUGGCUCAACCUAGACUGAUACCCACUGCCCACGAGAUCCUCGGUUUUUACUCACCUUUUCUUUUUUUCUGUUUACGUUUUUUAAAGGACUCGGCAUAUCUGUGAUCACCAAAACAUCACACGGUUGUGUGCAGUUGGAUGCGUGGAAUUAGGCGAAUCUGAAUUCUGAUCGGCAGAGGGGCCAGAGUUCCCUUUUGAGUUUUAAUGGGGCUGAGGGGAGGCAGGGGGCAGCUGUUCUCGGGAGGCGACCUGGUGAUGGCCCCGCGGCCAUCUGGGUGGUGCCCGAGACCGCCUGAGCGGUUCUGGGAGCGGAACUUGCAUGGCCCCAGAGAGAGACUCACUUGGAAGGGCAGGGAGGGCCACUUACCAGCAUUUAGGUAGUAUCUGGCCUGGAGGCCAACAGGGGUAAAAACUGUCCUCGUCCUAACACUAUCUCGCUGUUAGUGAUAUCCUGUUUAACCUCGUACCGGCAACAACCUGGUGACUCCCAAAAACAUCGUGUUGGGGUUGGGAGAAAGAAGCCAGACACCAGAGUUCAUACUGUGUGAUUCCAUUUCCAGGAAAUCCUAGAACACACAACUAAGCCAUGGGGAGAGGAAAAGUGCCCUAGGGAACGAGGAGGUAUUGACUGGGAAAGGGCGUGAAGGAACCUUCUGGGGUAGUGAAAUAAAAAUAUAAUGCCGUGUAUGUACAUCUGUCAAAACGUAUAAAUGUCAUUUAAAAUAUGCAAGAUUUCACUGUUUAAAUUAUACUUCAAUUAGAAAUUAAAAAAAAAAACUCGGUGUCCAACCUGCAUAACUAUGCCUGGGUCUUAGAGAUGGAAAAAUUUAAAAAUACAUUACGUGGACCUCCCCAGCUCCUCUGGUUUUGCUCAUUGGAAUCCAUGGGAAGAUCAUCCUGAAAAGAGCCCUUAAAUGAACUCAGCUGGACACAUGUGCUAAAGGCCCUAGGAAGCUGCAGAAAUAUAUACUGUGUGAAGCCAUUGGGGCGGGGGCGGGGCAGGGUGCUGUCUCUGAAAUGGGAGCAUUUCCCAGGCUGAGGAAGAGCCUGGCAGCCCCACCAGGAAUGUUUAAGCCCUUAUUUGCCCCCAGAGUUCCCUCCUCGGCAUCUGGAGCAAACCGAAGAUCAGUGAACGUUUACUGAAAUAUAUGAGUAAUGGAAAAAUUAUUAAUUAAAUAAGACCAAAACAGAGCCCCUCCUUUGCCAAACGAAGAAGCAAAUUUUGUGUAACUUAAAAACUAAAGAUGAAGCUUCUCAUGCCACCAUCUGUUGCCUAAACUAUGUAUUCCUUCCAUAACUUGAGACCUGUGUGGAAACGUGGAACUCGCACAUGAAUCAAUGCACUCCUGUAAUCUUUUAUCAUUUUCUACCAUACUAGCCUUGCCACAGAGAUGUUUCAUGUAAUUUUGUUUCGUUUCGUUUCUUUUCCUUUCUUUGAUUGUUUUUCCUUCUCUUUUAAAAAACAAAAACAAGAGGAAAACAGAUGGGGAAAGAGAAUUGCCAGAAGGAAGAUGGCCCCAGAGGGUCAGGAGAGGGGUGGCCCAGACCUGCUGUCUCCUUCUUGGUUUGGCCCCACCCACCACCAAAAAAAAGAAAGAAAGAAAGAAAAAGAAAAGAAAAAUGACAAGGGAAAAACCUCAAUCGUCCUCCUGGUCCUAAGACUCAACAUGUAUUUUGAAAACCAAUAGCAGAGGUGGUAUGUCAGCUGAGCCAUCACGGAGGAGCAGGAAGGCUGUAAGUCCAGAAAGAGGAAUCAAACUUGACAGCGGUUUGUGGGUUUGUUUCCUGGGGACCAUUGCUCAGAGAAAAAAAGAAGAAAGAGAGAGAAGUGGGAGUGAGGUUUGAUUUCUCUUCACGAAGUAGAUUUCCUUCUUUCCUUUCUUCAAUUGACAGCACGUUGCCAGGAAGCAGGCUUGUAGUGUAAAUUGUUAAAUUAGCACAUUCCUAAUUUUGGUUAAGACAAUGUUUUAAAACCAGUAGGAAAGAGGGAAAUCUUUAAAUCAACCAAUUUAACCCCACUUGUAUAAAAAAUGGAGCUUAUAGCUGUAAUGAUUUUUUUAAAUAUGGUAUAAUGAUAGAUAAGUUUGUAUUUGAAUCUAAUAAGGUUUUAUACAGUUUAUCCCUGAGGAGCCAGAGACACGGUCUGCUUCGAUAAACUACGUUGUAUUGCAUUUUUCAUUGCCAUCCUGGCUAAGAAACACCCUUUGUUAGCAGAGGAGGAGCAGGCAGCCUUCUAUUUUCCCUCUUCUCCUUUACAUUGGAAAGGCAGUCUGUGCCUUCAGGAAUCCUGAAAAUAAAUCAUCUCUUAUUUUAAUAAGUAACUACUUUUUAAAAGAAACUAAAAAUACAAAAAGUUAGCAAGGUGUGGUGACAAGCGCCUGUAAUCCCAGCUACUCUAGAGGUGGAGGCAGGAGAAUCACUUGAACCCGGGAGAUGGAGGUUGCAGUAAGCCAAGAUCAAAUCACUUCACUCCAGCCUGGGUGACAGAGCAAGACUUUGUCUCCAAAAAAAGAAAAAAGAAACUAGCCCUAAAAUAAGCAAUAAAUUUUCAUUCUUUCUUGAA